AUGGAAGAAAAAGAAGCGAACCAUUAUGAUCAUAGGACAGAUUCAUUAGAGAAUGAAUCUAUCGAAGGGAACAAUAUUAUACUUAAAGAAGAAGAAAAAAAUAAAAUAUGUAAUGGUAAUAUGAACAUGGUCAAUAAAAAAAUGUCUAAACACGGCAACUCGAGCUACUCUUCUAAGAAGAAAAAUAUUAACAGUACCAAUAAAUACAGUGAUAAAGGGGAUGAUAACAAUAGCAACGAUAGCAGGAAAGAUUAUCGAGGAGAAAAUUUAGAUGGCAUUGUCAAAGAUGGUAAUAUUUCAGGUGAUAAAAAGGCAUUAAUUAGCAAAGAUGUGGAAGUUGAUGUAGAAGUAGAAGUAAAUGUAGAUGUAAACGUAGAUGUAGGUGUAGAUGUAGACGUAGAGAAGAGCUCUGAAGUCGCGUACAGCGAUACAUUAUUACCAAUGAGUGAAGGAGGUAUACCUUCAACUGUUUCCGAUAACAUGAUUGUGGGAAUAAACAUACCUUACCAUGACAGGAAUAACUUAAAUGAUAUGACAGAUAUUUCGAUGAAAAAGAAUGGAGGAAAAUGCCCAUCAAAUAACAAUAAUAACAACAUAAAUAGUAACAGCUUAAGCAGCAACAACAUAAGCAUCAACAUGAGUAACAGUAUCACCUCCACUAACAACAAUGCACCGACUUUAUACAAAAACACCUACAGUAGCUGUUAUACGAAUAAAGAAAUAACGAAUAACAACGUAAAAUCUAUUAUGAACUAUCCUUCUACAAAUACGUUAAAUUAUAAUAAAGAAAAUUACUGCACUUAUUUUGAUGAUACAAACAGAAUGAAUAGUACAUCUUAUUUUCCAUCAACCCUACCGAAUACCUGUUCUCCUAAUUAUAACGAUGCAAAUUUUUUAUUAAAUGCAAAAAAUUUUAUGGUACCUUAUGACUAUUACAACUAUUACUGCUCUUCAUUCAUUCCAGCAUGCCCUUUUUUUAACUACAGAAAUGAUAUUAUGAAUAAUAAGCAUUAUUGCGGGGUUGACUGUACCACUAGUGAUUUGAGCAAUAACAAUGUUAGCUGUAGCAGCAACAGCGGUAACAGAGGUAACAGCGGUGGAAAUGGUAAUGCUAACGGCAGUGGCAAUGUACAUGGUAGCGCUAAUGUUAGUGGCAACAACAAUGGGAAUAACAGUUUUAAUAAUAAUACCCUUGUGAAUUGUGAUAACAGCAAUAAAAUGUAUUAUAACUAUAGCAAGUAUCUUUGCGUUCCCAAUGUAUACAUUAAUGAUAAAAUAUACCACACAGAUGCAAUGUCUGGUGCAUUACAUUGCCCCGACAAAAUAGCAGGUAAUGCCUUAAUGCAUAAAGGUGUGUUACCGUACAGUAUGAGUGGUAUUAGCGGAGUUGGCAGUAUUAGCGGAGUUGGCGGUAUUAGCGGAGUUGGCGGUAUUAUCGGCAUUAACUGUGGUGGUGGCAUGAACGAGUAUAAUAAUAUGAUCCCACCAAACAGUGAUAACUUAAGCAGCAGUUCUAACGUUAACUCUAACAAUAAUACGCAAAUAGUUAAUUACUUCAACUAUGUUUCCAAUAGCAAUUUUAACAUACGAAGAUACUUAUCAAAUAACAGUAGACAGAACAGUAGCAAUGCUUACCAACAAAAUAUAUCAUAUUACAAUACCUUUAAUUCUAACUGCUAUUCCUCAGCAUCUAAGUCUUAUUUCUGUAAUCAAUUUUUUAAUGAAUACCCCAUAUUUCCGUUAUCUCCCAUCGAUGUUUAUAACACAGACGAUAUGAAUCAUCCUCAAAAUAAUUUGUAUCCAUAUCAAUCAACCACUAGCAUAAAUAACGAAGAUUUAAAAAAAAAAGAAGAAUUGAAAAAUACGAAUAGUAAUAACCAAAAUUUAAAUAAGAGAGCUAUGAAUAGUAAAAAAUUUAAUUAUAGUAAGGAAAAUUAUUUGUUACCUGUAUCAUUUUCUGGAAACAUCUACAAAAUAGCCAAGAGGAUACUAGAAAAGAAAAAUCCAAAGCACAUUGAGGAAAUAUAUAAUGAAGCCUUAGAACACAUAAUAGAAUUAAUGGUUGACCCUUUUGGCAAUUACUUGUGUCAAAAGUUAAUGGAAGUAUGUACCCCAGAACAGAUAGAAAAAAUUAUUGACAAAUCCUCAGAUGAACUAAUUAAUGCUUCAAUAAGUAUCCACGGGACGAGGACUGUCCAGAAGCUUAUAGAAAUGAUAAAAACGCCUUCACAAAUAAAAAAAACGACGAAAGCUCUAAAGAAUUCUAUAAUUACUUUAAUCAAAGAUAUUAAUGGAAAUCAUGUUGUCCAGAAAUGUUUGAUUACGCUCUCAAGUAAUCAUUGUAAUUUUAUAUAUGAUGCUAUUUUGAAAAAUUGUGUUGAUGUUUCUACGCACAGACAUGGUUGUUGUGUUAUUCAGAGGUGCAUUGAUUCUGCCAACGAGAAGCAAAGGGAGUUAUUCAUAAAAAAUAUUUCAAACAGCGCACUGGACCUAGUACAGGAUGCUUUCGGAAAUUAUGUCGUUCAGUACAUAUUAAAUUUAGGAGAUGAAAAAGUAAACUUAGAUAUUGUUAAUAAAUUAUUACCAAGUAUAGAAAAUCUAGCUGUUCAAAAAUUUUCUUCAAAUGUAGUAGAGAAAUGUCUAAUAAAUGGUAAUAAUCAAUGUAGAAAAAUAAUGAUUAAUGCAUUAUUAAAAAAAGGACAAGAUGUGUUAAAAAGUAUUAUACUUGAUCCGUUUGGUAAUUAUGUUAUACAAAGAGCAUUGUCAGUUGCCUCUGAACCUGAAUUAACGAAAUUAGUAGAAGGAAUAAAACCUUAUAUAAAAGAAUUACGUAAUAUAUCAUCAGGUAAAAGAAUUGCAUGGAAACUAGCCAAAAGGCAUCCUUUACUUAAUGCAGAUAUUAAUAAUCAAUAUUUUGAGAACGAUCAAAUUUCAAAUGUGAAUACAUCUAAUGACCAUCCAAGUACUUCUAAUAAAGACCAAUCUUCCUUCAGUACUAAUGUAACGGAUAUACCAAAAAUUGUAAAAAAUGGGAAAAAAAAAAAAAAAAAUGAAAUGUAUAAUAAUUCAAAACUACCAUUUUCAAAUAAUUAUAACCGACUAACAAAUAGUAUUCCGUUGUAUAACAAUAAUACAGAACAAAAUAGAACCAUGCAAAGUAUGGACCAUUUGAACAUUCAGAAUAACGCUGAAGUCGAGGAUAAAUAUGCUAUUGAUAAAGAUCCUCGUUUGAGCGGUGCUUCUAUUAUCGGUCCACCUAUAAGCUACCCUCCUAUUAAUGACAAACGCAGCGAUAGUUCUUUCAUGAACAGUACAAUUUAUUACAGUAAAAAUUGCAUACCUGAUGAGUUUUCGUAUAAUUAUGGAACGGCUAGCAGUAAUCAAAGAAUCAGUUAUAACGAAAUGAUCCCGACAAAUUGCAACAUCAACAACAAUAAUAGUGGUAACUGUAAUAAUGUGGAUAAAAGCCUGGAGCGUAAUAACUGUUCAUACAACGCGAUGACGAAUAAUGAUUAUAAUACGGACAAGCAGAAUAGAUAUCAAAAUAAAAAUAACUACAAACGAUUCAGCCAUAAUGAGGUGGUAGGUACAGAUAUGGACGAUUUAAAUAAAAAUGAUAACACCGUAUACCCCAUAUCAUGUGAACAAAAUGAAAAUAUGAACAACGUUUCCAAAGAAAGAAAUAAUAAUUCUAGUGGUCGUUUCAGAGGAAAAAAUCAGAAAAGUAAUGACCAUAGUAGGGGAAGAAAUAAGAAAAAUAAUAAACAAGGUAGGGGAAAAAAUCAAAAUUUUUAUGAUCAAGUCAGGGAAAAUAAUCAGAAAUUUAAUGAACAAGGAAGUAGAAGGGAUAAAAAAUAUAAUGAUAAUUUGGAUGACACAAAAUAUGAGCGUAAUAAUAACUUACAUCGAGAGACCGAAAUUAAUGAGCUUAAGGCAGAUAAUCUAGUGGGUGGAAUAAAUAAUUGUAGUACCAACAGUAUAUAUGAUAAUUUUAACGGUGAAAACUACAGCAAUGGGAACAGGAACGGGAACAGAAAUGGAAAGCGAAAUGGAAAUGAGAACGAAAAUGGAAAUGAGAACGAAAAUGGAAAUGAGAACGAAAAUGGAAACGAGAACGAAAAUGGAAACGAGAACGAAAAUGGAAACGAGAACGAAAAUGGAAACGAGAACGAAAAUGGAAACCGAAACAUGCACAAAGAUUGGGUUAAAAAAAGUGAGGAAUACACAGUUGGAUCAAAGGAUAAAUUCAGGGAUACAAGGAGUAACAAAAUAGGCAAUAAUUUUAAGAAGAGCGAAUGUAAAAAAGAACAGACGGACCUAAUCAAUAAUGUAAAUAAUAUUUAUAACGUAAUAUCAAGUAAAAACUACGCCUAUAGUAAUAACAGCAAUAAUGUUAGCAAUAAUAACAGCAGGAAUAAUAAUAAUAAUAAUAGUUACAACUCAUACAAUGAAAAUUGUGGAAACUUUCAUCCCAAGAGAAAUAAUAGUCAAAAAUAUAAUUCUAACAUGUGUAGUAAUAAGAUUAACUUAAAAGUUUCAUAUGCCUUAACAAGCAAUCAAAAUAAUAAAGAUGACAACAUCACGAAGAAGUCCAAAAAAGGCAGAAAAAAAUAUACGAAUGAAUUGUGCUCAACGUGA